GUCGCAGAGGAUGAAACCACGAGGGAAGCAAGUCAUAUGGCGUAUUAUGCAGCGGUUAGCUAACAGGGAGCAGCUAUCUUGGCAGUCCCUGCGUCCAAAUUCGAGUGGGCGACGGCAACCGCGGGAAGAUGUUCGGAGCCCACAAGGAUAAGAUUAUUGGUCGUUCCGAGUUCUUCGCUAGAGCCCUAAACGGAUCAUGGAAAGAGUCUGACGACAACCUUGUCAACUUACCGGAAGAUAAGCCUCACGUUUUCGAGCUCUACUUGCAGCUGCUCUACAAGAAUGUAGUCCCUGUUAGGAAUGCAAUUAGCCUAUAUGCCGAAAACCACAAGAGCAACGACACCGUCUCCGGAGACGUCCAAGACGCCGAUAUUUCAGAGCAGUCGACAGACGCAGAACAAGGAAAGACCAAGAAGUCGGCGGAAGCUUUGACCCAGGAAGUUUGGGACAACGCCAUUCUUGAAUGGAAUGCUUUGAUCCCCCUUUACAUUCUCUGCGAGAAGCUUCAGGAUCGGUAGUCUAAAAACCUUGUGGUCACGGCGGUAGUGGUAAACUAUUUGCCUAUGAUGGGCAUCAUCGAGAAAGUCUAUGAC